AUGGUUUUGGCGGAGAGAAACUCGGAAAAUGUUAGAAAUGGACGCAGAUCGCGGGGCCCCAGCCCUAAUGGACAGACGGAAUCUUCGAGCGAAGAAGACGGAGUGGAUGAAUAUAUCAUAUUAGCAAAGGAAAAGUAUGGCUAUAAUGGAGAACAAGCAUUAGGAAUGUUAUUUUGGCACAAACAUAAUUUAGAACGUGCUGUAUUAGAUUUAGCUAAUUUUACACCAUUUCCUGAUGAAUGGACAGUUGAGGAUAAAGUUCUUUUUGAACAAGCAUUUCAAUUCCAUGGGAAAAGUUUCCAUCGAAUUCGUCAAAUGUUACCAGAUAAAUCUAUUGCUAGCCUUGUUAAAUAUUACUAUAGCUGGAAAAAAACAAGAACUAGAACAUCACUGAUGGAUAGACAAGCAAGAAAAUUAACAAGUGGUGGAAAAGAAGGAGAAAAUGGUAGUGAAAAUGGAAGUGAAUUAGGUUCCAAUACAGACAGUGAAUCAGAAGAAAAAAAAUGGACGAUCCACCGCGGAAUACGUCGUGGAAAGAACCAAGCUGUGCCAGGAAGCCAAGGCACUGACGCCAAAGCCCCAUCCGACUCGGAAAACGCCCCUCAGGUUCAGGCGAACUGGUGUAGCAAGACCAUUAAGUUCCAUGCCAGGUCGAACAAAUAAAAGAAAACCACCUCGCGGUCUUGUUGUUAAUCAUGAUGAUUUAGCAGCAUUGGCUGGCCAACCUACUCAAGCAAACAACAGUUUACAAGCGAUAGACACCGAAAUUGUUAGCCUAAAACGCCAAAUUCAAUCAAACAAACAACAAGUAAGCGCAUUAAAGCGUAAAACAACUGACGGUAUUGAUGAUCUACGACCACCAGAAGUGUCCAGUCGUAUAAAUGCUCGUUGGACAAAUGAUGAAUUACUUUUGGCCGUUCAGGGUGUUCGAAAAUAUGGGAAAGAUUUUUCUGCGAUUGCUGAUGUAAUUGGAACUAAAACAGAAGCCCAUUUGCGAUCGUUUUUUGUAAAUUAUCGACGGAGGUAUAAUUUAGAUGCAGUCUUAAAAGAAUAUGAAGCUGAAAAUGGCCCGAUAUUAAUUGAUGAUGAAAAGGAAGAAAAGAUGGAUAUUGAUCAGCCAAAUGAAACAGCAGAAUCAUCUCAAAAAACGAAAUCAUCCGUAGGACUUGGACAAACGGCUAAAUAACAAAUGACUAUACUUUUGAAUACCAGCAAACGUGAAAAAAAUAAUCACAGACACUUUGAUAAUCGAUAAUAUCAUGUAAAAGGUAUUUGUUUAUAAUUUACGAUUUUUACUUCUAAUUUCACUUUUUGUUGCGCAUUACUGAUGCGAUACUGCAGGAAUCAAGUAUGAGCAACAAUUUCCGUUAAACUUGUGCAUAAAUUAAUAAUCCACAAAAUACAUAUAUGGAUAUUUAUUAAUACGAACGAAAAUGUGUGAAUUUAUUUAGGUAGAUUUAUUUUUAAUAUAGUAUAUUUGUAUAUGUCUAAAAUGGAAUUUUUAUUAAGCAAUAUAAAGGAACUGUAAUUCCAUUAAAGAUAUUUAGCAUAUAAUUAUAAGAAAAAUAGAUUAAAAAUUAAAUUAAUGCAUCCAAAUGCAAAUAUAAGAUGUUUUUGUAACAUCCAUUGUAUGCAAUUAUGGAUGCAAC